AUUAACGAUAGCAUCUGACUUGCCGUAACACAGCGACGCCUCCCCCCAGAAACAUGUCAAAUGUUGGAGGAAUAACAAAGUUGGUGCUCCCUAUGGCAGUGCCCGGAGGCCUUGGCCUGAUGUCUGCUGCUGUUUUUGCUGAAAGCAAGGCCAAACUAAAUUCCACUACUCUGAUGACUGAUGAGCUGUCACUCUAUACCACACCUGAGUCUAAGCUGAGACCUGAUGAACCAAAGGUCGGCCAUGUUGAGCAGGGUGUGGCAUCUCUGAGGAAAACUCUGGAACCUUAUAUGUCAUGGUGUCAGGAGCAGACACAAUUUGCUGUGGAGAAAGUACAGUCUUACUACAAGUCUGUUGAGCCUGGUGUUAAUACAUCACAGCAGUUUGUCAGCGAUUCAUGUGAGUUUUUGAACGACCCUCCAUCUGAGUUUUACCCCAGUGUAGGCAUCAUAGGUUUCUCUGGAAUUUUGGGACUUUAUCUUGCAAAAGGCAGCACAGUAAAGAGGCUGAUCUUCCCUACUGGACUGAUGGCCGUGAGCGCCUCAAUGUUUUACCCACAACAUGCCGCUUCUGUUGCCAGGAUCACAAAAGACUGCUUAUAUUCCUGGGGUUCAGAAGGGCGAGUUGUUUUGGAGGAGCUGCUGAAAGGGAAGUCUCCAUCCAAGGAAAAGCCUGGGAAGACUGAAAAAGCAGACAGCCAAAAGACGAGCUGAGACAAAGCAUAUUCUUAUUAAUGUUCUGUUCAAUGGAAUUUGCUACAUCACAGUGCUGAGCACGAAUACUGUUACUUUAUAUUUAACUUAAUGUUUGAAACAAAUGCUGCUGUUUUUGUAGAUUCUGUGUAUUAUGUGAAUUUCCUCAGUUUAUUUAUUGUCGUGUAUGAUACCCACUUCUACUGCAAUAAUAAAGACUUGGACCAACCUGAA